CCGGGCGUAUAGCAGUUUCCUGAAUCUGAAUUGUGCGAAUGUGUACGCGGAUGUCAGUACAAAGUUUUACAUUUUAAAAUGCACAGACUGGAAAACGGGUUUUUGCAAAAAGCUGCUGCGGAGAAACUCGAAAAGUUUAAUAAAUUAAGAGGCCAUGAAGUACGAACAGGAGAAUUUUGGGAUAUUGUUGUUAUCACAGCCAUUGAUGAAGACCAGAAACUGGCAUACGAAAUGCAACUUUCCGAGAAACUCCGUAGAAGAGAACUUCCACUUGGUGUUCAUUAUCAUGUGUUUGCUGAUCCUCCUGGAUAUAAAAUAGGCAAUGGCGGUUCCACGCUAUAUGUCUUAGAAAACUUGGAAGAUAAGUAUGGGGAGAAUCUGAGUAAGUUUAAGAUAAUGAUUAUACAUGCAGGAGGACUGAGUCAAAGACUUCCAAAUGCCAGUACCCUAGGAAAAAUCUUUACUGCCUUGCCACUUGGUGACCCAGUAUACCAGAUGCUUGAACUUAAGCUGUCAAUGUACAUAGACUUCCCCAUUGACAUGAAACCUGGGGUUUUGUUGACUUGUGCCGAUGACAUUGAACUUUACGACAUCGCAAGCACAGAGAAGAUAGUUUUUGAUAAGCCUGGCUUUACUGCCUUGGCUCACCCUUCCCCCCUCUCCAUCGGGACAACUCAUGGGGUGUUUGUACUGGAUCCCAGGGAAGAAUCUGGAAUUUCCCAGAUGGAAUACAGGUCCUGUUACCGUUUUCUCCAUAAACCAAGCAUUGAAGAAAUGUACGAAAAUGGCGCGGUGUGCAAGGGAACUGCUAUGAAUGUAACCAAUUCUGAGUUUGUUUACACUGACAGCACAUACUAUAUAGAUUAUGCAACGAUGCAAUGUCUGCUGCUUUUGCUCAAAGACAUCAGGCCUAUAAUUUGUGAGAUUGAUGCCUAUGGGGAUUUCUUGCAGGCGUUGGGCCCUGGAGCCACAUUAGCAUAUACCCACAACUCUAGCAAUGUGACAACAGAAGAAAGCAAUCUUUUAAAAGUCAGGCAAAUGAUAUUUCAGAGGCUUCAAGGAAAGGCCCUUAAUGUUAUUGUUUUGAAUCACUCUAAAUUCUAUCACAUUGGCACUACUAGAGAAUACCUUUUCCAUUUGACACAAGAUGAUAACUUUAGGUCUGAACUUAAUCUGGUUUCCAGUGCAUUCAGCACAUGCCCUAGUGUAAUGCCAGACAAUUGCAUAAUUCACAGUGUCCUUCAUCCGAGCUGCAUUAUAGGUCCGGGGACAGUGAUUGAGUACUCUAGGCUUGGUGCUAAUGUGACAAUAGGUAAAGGUGCAAUCAUCAGCGGGUGUGACGUCAGCAGUGAUCUUCAUGUACCUUCCGGUGUGUUCAUGCAUUCGCUGAGUGUGAAUGUACAUGGCACCACGAGCUUUGUGACAUUUGCAUUUGCAAUAGAGGACAAUAUGAAACAGUGUGUGACCUCAUUGACUGAAAUCGAUGAACUGCAGCUUUUCGGAAAUAGUCUUGAGAAAUGCCUUUAUCACUGGAGCCUAAGGGUCGAAGACCUUAAAUUUUCUGGUGACACGGGCAGGUUUGGUUUGUGGAAUGCUAGCAUUUUCCCACAAUGCUCUGAUCUGAGGCACUCAUUCACAUUGUCAUUACAGAUGAUCUGUUCUCUGUAUAGCAAGUCUACUUUUAGAUUUCCCAAAGACAUAAGACUGUUAUCCAUACAGGAGGUCUUAAAAUACAAGAAUUUGGCAGAAAUGUUGAAGUUCAGACAGCAUCUGUAUGAAGAGAUACAAGAAAAUAAAAACAUUCCCCUAAAUAUCUAGGAUCAAAAGUUCGGUGUGAGUUGAAUGUCUGCACAGUCAUGCGUUAACAAGGGGGACAUAUUCGGAGAAACGCGAUGUUACAUGAUUCUGUCAUUGUGAGAGCAUCGUAAAGAGUACUUAUACACACCUAUAUGGUAUAGCCUACUACAGACCUAGGCUAUAGUAAUCUUUUUUUUGUUUUUGGUAAAAAGAGUACAGUACACAAAAUUUAUAAACCAAUAAUAUAGUUACUUUAUCAUUAUCAAGUAUUUUGUACUAUGCAUAAUUGUAUGUUCUGUACUUUUAUACGACUGGCCCGUGAAUGAUGUAUUGCACAAUGAUGUCACUAGGCGAUUAGUGACCUAAAGAUCUUUAUGCAACACAUGACUGUAAUUGAUUUAAUUUCAGAUCAGUUCGGUGUUUUAGAGAUUUUUGAGUGUGACUACCAUCAUCAAAUCUUUUUGUACAGGAUUUAACCAAAUUAGUGUGUUGAUGGCAUGGAACAGUUGGAACAUUGCCAGUUAUUAUUGACAUUAUCAAUUAGUUGUUGCAGCCCUUAAUGUAGAAAUGGGUAGGUAACUGGCUUCUCUAAAUUGGCAUAUGUAUUAUUGUUUGUGUAUGGCCAUCAUCACUAUUGAUGGGUGACCCUGCAACCCCGACCAGGACCGUUAGAAGAUAGGGGGGUAGGUAAAUGUUAAAAUUUGCCCUUUUUUUCAACACAAUACUACAAGGACUUUCACCAUAAAUUACCAUAUGUUUGCUGUAUAUAUUAGUGCCAGUCUGAUUUUUCAUAGUUGUUUAUGCUAUUUAGAAUACACUACUGAAUUAUUCAGUCUCUCAUUCAAAUGAAAUGAUAUUGAAUAAAUUGCAAUGAAAUUGUAAAUAUAGUCAUUCAUGAUUUACCUUUAUAAUAUCAUUUAUACAGGCUUAAUACAGGCCCUCGAAAAUGUAUUUUUGAUAUUGAUUUAAUUCAUUUAAAUCUUUACUACUAAUAACUAAUAACUCUUUUCUUCCUUAUCAAAUCAUCAUUUUCAUUCAUAUGGUAAUCAACUGAAUUUUUCACAACUGGGAUUAAUGUGUAAAGAUCACUCAAAGGAAAACGGACAUGCUCAGUGUUUUUUAUUUUUCAGUUGUAGCCAAUAUUUCCAUUAUCUGCUGACAAUUCAUUAUGGCUUAAAAUACUUUCUGUUUGAGUAUGUCACUUUGCCAAACAAAUAAGUAGCUGGACAAACAUAUAUCUAUUAUUUGUAAUCCCACAAUGUCUGAAAACAUUUGCAAUGUGUGAAUGUUUUUGCAAGGUAUUAUGUAAUCAUAUUGUAUUGGAUGCCACUGAAGAGUGCAUUCUUACAGCACUUUCUCAGAAAGAUCUGGACUGUGAUUGGUUCUGUUUUGGGUGAGUUUUCUCUAUGACCCUUAGUGCCAUAGUGUUCUAUUUGUUUAUUGCCAUUCAUGAUUAUUAUUGUUGAAGUGUGUUUAGCUUAAUCAUUAUGCUGUUUAUAACUUGUGUUUUACCUUGGAGCUGGUUAAGGGCAUUUUGUUCAUCUGGGUAAGUUGGCCUGUUGCUCCCAUAGAAAAUGUAAGUUUUUAAGUUUUGAUUGUUGCAUGUCACAAUACUGCCUUUUAAAACUGAAUGACCAACAGUUGUGUGUUUGUGAUAUUGCCCCUGAGUCCUGCCUGUUGGUUAAUAAAGCAAGAAAACCACUGUA